AUGCGCUUUGAGAGUGUGGACAGAGCAAGACAUAAUCAUACAUCCAAUGCUGCGUAUAAUGACAGGCUACGCACCAUCUAUCAAUUGAUUGCCAAUGGUUCAUUGAACACACUCAAGUCAUUGUUGUUCAUCGACUCAGACAUAGCGUUGACAUCACUAUCAUCGAUGUUGUUGGUGCAGCAACAUCAACUAAACUCAAUCAACAAGAUUGUGUUGUCAACUUCAGAGGUGGAUACAUGCGACUUGCAGCAUCUGGCCACAUUGUUAAACGCAUGUACUCAACUCAAAUGUUUGUACUUGUAUGCAGAGAAGGAUGUUGCCAAUGUUGAUUCGUUGGCACAGUCCAUCACCGCACAUGCUACACUCGAUGACCUUCAGAUAAACCCGGCGAUGGAGAUGCCGCCCACAGCUCUUCUCCACUCUGUCAUUCAUCGAAGCACAUUGAAGAAGUUGCAACUGAGUGGAUUCAAUGUCACGCCUGCCACGACAAUCGAGUUGCUGCAGUCGUGUGGCUCAAGCAUUGAAUCGAUCAACAUGCCAAUCUUUGAGUUUGAUCGAUGUGACCGCGCAACACUUGAGCAACUUGGGGCAUUGCUUGGACAAGCCUUGCACUUGAAGGAGCUAUUCCUGUAUGGUGUAUCCGCUUCGUCGCCAAGCAGUGAAUCCAACAAUAUAUCUGGCGUCCUGUCGAUUGCCCUCUCCUCGCCAGACCAUCCAAUAUGCAAGUCACUCAAUCUCUUCUCUGUUGAAUCAGUACCUCUCAAUGCUGGCGUGUUUGACAGUCUCUCGCACUGUCAAUCACUCUCAGUUCUCAAACUAUCCGAUGGCUCACUGUCCAACGUUGAGACACAACAACUGUUAGCCGUGUCUAGACUGGUGUCGCGACUGAACAAGUCACUCUACUACCUAUCUCUCGCUUCAAAUGGACUGACUGGCGCGUCUGAGGCUAUACUUUGCCCGGCACUCACAGCACAUCCCUCACUCAAAGAGCUGGACGUCUCUGGCAACAAGUUCAUUGGCGAUCAUCUUAUGUCCUCAAUUGCGCCAUCCGAUCGAUUACUCUCGCUCACACUCAACAAUGAUCACUUCAGUGUUGCGGCCAAUGAUCAGCUAACCAACUACACCAAAAACACUCAGUCGUUGGUCUCUUACCAAAACCUGGCAAGUCGACAGAUUGACCUGUUUUCUUUGCUUGCAGGGCAACCAUGA